AUGGACACCUCCGAGAUUCACGACACUACUCCCGUCAUCGACGAACCCAUGACCGAUGUCAACAACAUGGUCGACUCGAGUGACAUCGAGAUCACCCCCAAGACCGAAGAAGAGUACGCUCAGGCCGGGUUGACUCUUCGUGCCAUUGUCUCUUCCAAGGAAGCGGGUAUCAUCAUCGGCAAGGCCGGUAAAAAUGUGGCUGACCUGCGCGACGAAACUGGCGUCAAGGCUGGCGUCAGCAAGGUCGUCCCCGGUGUGCAUGACCGUGUCUUGACCGUCACCGGUCCCUUGCAGGGCACCGCCAGAGCUUAUGCGAUUGUUGCCAAGAGUUUGGUGGAAGGUGCUCCGCAGAUGGGUAUGGGUGGCAUUGUUUCUAACAACGGAACUCACCCGGUCCGUCUUCUUAUCUCUCACAACCAGAUGGGCACCAUCAUCGGACGCCAGGGCUUGAAGAUCAAGCACAUCCAAGACGCUUCCGGUGUGCGCAUGGUUGCUCAGAAGGAAAUGCUCCCCCAAUCGACUGAACGAGUCGUUGAAGUGCAAGGAACUCCAGAGGGUAUCGAGAAGGCGAUCUGGGAAAUCGGAAAGUGCCUCAUUGAUGACUGGCAGCGCGGUACCGGCACUGUGCUCUACAACCCUGCAGUUCGCUCGUCUGUCGGCCCCGGCCCCUUGAGCCCAGCUCCCGCCCCCGCCAACAACGGAUUCAGCAGCCGCCCUUACAACCGGACAGGCAACGGAGCCGAUUUCAGUGACCACUCCGGUGGCUACGGUCGACGAUCCAACUCCGACGCCAGUCGUGGAUACCCUCUUGUCACCGAAGACGGCGAAGAAAUUCAGACCCAGAACAUCAGCAUCCCGGCUGACAUGGUGGGUUGCAUCAUUGGCCGUGGCGGCACCAAGAUCACGGAGAUCCGAAGAAGCUCUGGAGCUCGCAUCUCGAUUGCCAAAGCCCCUCACGACGAGACCGGUGAGCGCAUGUUCACCAUCAUGGGAAGCGCCCAGGCCAACGAGAAGGCUCUGUAUCUCCUGUACGAGAACCUUGAAGCCGAAAAGACUCGUCGUAGUCAGCUGCCUCAGGACCAAGAGUAA